UGCGCGUACCGCAAAUCCUGUUUCAUGUUCAUGUUCUGGAGCAAACGGACGGUGCUCACUAGACGUCUCCUAAAGGCGAAGGUCCGUGGGGAGCAUGAAACCGAGUGUAAAGCUCAAGAGGAUUCGUCACGUAUUCAUCGCACAAUCGACACGACCGGCGCCGGAAACGACACGAGCGGCAACGUGACGACCACGGUACCGUCGUCGUCGGGUCAAACGAGCACCACCAUCACCACCAGAGGAGGAGGAGGAGGAGGAGUUUCGUCGUCGUCGUCUUCGUCGUCGUCGUCGUCGUUCGCUGGAAAAGGACAAAGAGGAGCAAGAGGAGGAGGGGGAGCAGGAGGAUCAGGAGGAUCAGGAGCUGCUCGAACGAGCAGCAGCAGCACGUCGAGUAGAUUGCAUCAAGGUUGCUGCGGUGGGGAUCAAAGUUACGACGAUGACGAGUAUCCAAGUCGAUUGUUGAGGUGCAAGGAGCUUCUAAAAACGCUUAAGGAGAAUCAAUUGGAGAUGUUAUUGACCGCGGUCGAAAGUUGCGGUGCUGAUCUCAGCUCGUGCAUCUUAGUGCCGAGACAGCAAAGACCUUUUCGUAGUAGCAGCGAUUCCGACAGCGAGAUCGACGAUCAACAACAACAACAACACCGUCAAUCGGAUAAUCAACAAUUGGAUCAGCAAUACCACAGAUCACUACCACCAUCACCCCACCAUAGGCACCAACAUCAUUUGCAUCAUUUGCAUCAUCAUCAUCAUCAUCAUCAUCACAAUCAUCAUAAUAAUAAUAACAAUAAUAAUAAUAAUAACAAUAACAAUUUGCGAUAUCACCGAAGACGUCGUCGUUCUCCUGAAAACGGUGAUCAUUACCAGGUGCAACAGCAACCACAAAACAUUAGUAAUAGUAACUUAUCUGAGGAACAACAAUCCUCUUCGAGAAAAAGAUACUCGACCAACAGGAUACCGGUCAGAGGUUCGAUCGAAAACAACACAUCGAUGGAUCCACUCGUGUUAUGCUGCCAAAUCUGGCGAUGGCCAGAUCUCGUACCCUCGGAAGAACUCAAGAGGCUUCCUAUCUGCCAUUCGGCUAAGGAUCCUGUCUACGUCUGUUGCAAUCCCUAUCAUUGGAGUCGGCUCUGCAAACCCGAGUCGCCGCCACCCCCCUACUGCCUUAUCGCUGACAGGCUGAGACCAGAAGAUCGUGCGCCCAGCGAAGGGGAUCAACGUCGGUGCAAAAGCAACACGCCCUUACCACUUCCCGGCUCUCUUACCACCAACGGAGAAGGGGAGACUGACCAAAAGGAAUGGUGCACGUUAGCGUAUUGGGAACUUGGUGGUAGAGUUGGUCGUCUUUACCCCGUUGAACCGUUAACAGUUAACGUUUUCGAUUCAUUACAUGAUGGCAAUGGUCUAUGUUUGUCAACGUUAGCAGAAAAUCACGUAGCACCACCCUCGGUACUAAAAACCCGCAGUAAAAUUGGUCUCGGUAUCAUGCUGAGCCAAGAAGCCGACGGCGUGUGGGCGUACAACAGAUCGGAGAGUCCGAUCUUCGUGAACUCACCGACCUUAGACGAUCCGGAAUCGCGAACUCUGUUGGUCUACCGAGUGCCACCGGGCUUUUGCUUGAACAUAUUUGACCGAGCCAAAGUCUUACAACUUCCUUCUUCAUACAACGGACCAGGGUGCAAUUCGAGGAACAAUAACAAUGCAGCUUCCGGUUUUUCAUCGGGCCCUGUCGACAUUAACUCCGUCCGCAUCAGCUUCGCCAAAGGCUGGGGACCCAAAUACUCGAGACAGGAGGUUACCUCUUGUCCCUGUUGGCUCGAAGUUCUAUUAGCCCCGUGUAGGUGAUCCGCGAGUGAUCAUGCGAGGAUUAUUAUAAACUUCGCUACAUAUUAUUCUCAUUUUAAUUCAACCAACAAGUCAAAGUUUCUUCCUAUAUUCCUCGUACUCGCGAUAUUAUUAUUAUUAUCAUCAUCAUCAUCAUUAUUAUUAAUUGUUCAACCUGGUUGGAAGUCAUUCAAUUUCAACAUGUAAAAAACAAAUAACAACACCGAAAAACAAUCUUGUCCGACCUUGAAGAACAAUAGAUGAACUUCUUCUUCUUCUUUUUCUUUUGUUUUUUAUUUUUUUCUUUGAAAUUAGAGGAGAACGAGGAAUCGGUUGAAUAAUAGGACCGGGGGAGACAUCUUAUAAAUAAGAUCUGUAUUUCUAAAUAGAGAGAGAGAGAGAGAGAGACACCUCUCACAUUCGGUAAAAUUAAUUCAUUUGUUUUCUUACCGUUUAAUGAGGGGUGUUGUUAAAUGUGUACAUAUUAUAUAUUCUUAACGACGAUCAUUGUAAUUUGUAAAUACACUGUGCCUUCUCAUCUUCCUUCCUGGUGCACAAUAUAACAACCAAUAUUUAGGAAUGAGGAAAGAAUGCAGGCGCAGUAUAUUACUGCGUCUUCUCACCCGAGCUCGCGUUUUUUUUAGUUGUUGUUGUUGUUUUUUUUUUUUUUAUAUAUAUAUAUAUAUAUAACUAAA